GGAUCCUCUUCUCUGAGGGCAUAUCCUCUCAUCUCUGUCAUCACCAGGCAGCCCUCGGUGGUGCCUCACCUCCUGCCAGCUGCCAGCAGCUCCCGAGUGCUGCCAGCCCAGCCCUCCUCGUGCCCUGCCAGCUCAGACCCUCCUGCCACUGAGGCCCACGGCAGCAGCGAGUCGGAGGCAGAGCAGCCUGUGCCACGCUUGAAAAAGCCACGGAGGAGUAGGACCAUCUUCACAGAGAUCCAACUGAUGGGCUUGGAGAAGAAAUUCCAGAAGCAGAAGUAUCUCUCUACCCCUGACAGGCUUGACUUAGCCCAGUCCUUGGGGCUGACUCAGCUCCAGGUGAAGACCUGGUACCAGAACCGUAGGAUGAAGUGGAAGAAAAUGGUGCUGAAGGGUGGACAGGAAGCUCCCACAAAGCCCAAAGGUCGUCCGAAGAAAAACUCCAUUCCCACCUCGGAGGAAAUCGAAGCAGAAGAGAAAAUGAACAGCCAGGCCCAGAGUCAGGAGCUGGAGGGAUCUCAAGCCCCUGAGGAACCUAAACUGACAGAGGAGAAGCCAGAAGAAAUCUCUUUGGAGUCAGAGAAGCCUCCAGAACAUAUAGCAGAGCCCUCCUCUGAGGAGACUCCACCCCUAAGUUAAAAGGGAGAGAAAGGAGGGA